AUGACCGAAAAAUUAUCAUACAAUCAUAACCUAGGAUUAGAUAUGGUUUCUGAACCUAACAUUGCUUCUCAACAAGAAUGGAUUUUUAUUGACGAAUCAGACAUUAUUACAUCACCAGCACAGUCCCUUCGCCCACUCAUUCCAGACCAGAAUUUGCAUAUCAGCGUUCCUUUUCCUCCAGAAAUAAAUCCCGGUGAUCUUAUACGCAGAAAUAAGAACGGUGAAUUAUUAUCAAGAGCAACAAACAAAUUCUUGAUCUAUCGCAAUGAAUAUGCUAAAGAACUUCAAGCACGUG